GCCUGCCUGCCAUGACCACCAUGCCAUCUCUUCUUUACCGAUAAAAAUCAAACCGGGCCGAGGGAAAAGGAGACGGUGGAAAGCAACGGAGGAGGGCAAGCGGCAAGGACAGGGCUGAGACCACACCUCCACUAGAGGCACUGGCACCACCGCGCCGACGGGCGGGCACUCCGGAACGAUGGCGACGGACGGCGCCGACGUGUCGCCGGAGUCGGAGGCGACGGCGGCGGCGGAGAAGGGCGGGGAGAUCUGGGGCACGCUGGAGGAGCUCCUCCUAGCGUGCGCGGUGACCCGGCACGGCACGGCGAGCUGGGACUCGGUGGCCAUGGAGGUGCAGACGCGGUGCCCGCUGGCGGCCCGGCCCGGCCUCACGCCGCACAGCUGCCGCCUCCGCUUCCGCCACCUCCACCGCCGCUUCACCGCCGCCGGGACCGGCGGGGAGGACGACCCCGACGCCUCCGCCGCCGAGGGGUGGGUGGACGAGCUCCGGCGGCUGCGCGUCGCCGAGCUCCGCCGCGACGUCGAGCGAUGCGAUCUCUCCAUCGGGACGCUUCAGUCGAAAGUGAAACGGCUCAGGGAGGAGCGGGAGCGGAGCGUCUCCGGCGAGGCGAAGCCGGAGGAGGCGAACGGCGACGACCGGCUCUCAGGGGAGGAGCCCGGGCGGUCGUGCCGGGAGUCCAACUCCACGGAUCUGAAGCCCCCCACGCACCCCGGCCACCAGGGCGGCGGCGCCAAGGAGGAGGAGGUGGCGAAGCAGGAGGCGUCCGGCGAGUCGGCGGCCGCGUCCAAGGAGAGCAGCGACGUGCGGAGCUCGGCGAGCCUGUGCCGCCGCCGCCGCGGGACCGGCAGCGGGAAGGCCGAGGAGGAGGAGGAGGACGAGGCGUCCGCGCCCGGCCCACCGCCUACCGCCAGGUCCCCUCCGCUUGCCGCCCUGCUCGACGCGGUCGCGGCCAUGCUCGGCCCCGUGCUGCAGCGGCUGCACGAGCACGAAGGCGAGGAGGCUGCCGCGUACCGGGGCACGAUCAGGCGCCACGUGGACCUGGAGACGGUGCGGCGCCGGCUGGACACGGCGGCGGGCAGCUCGCGCGGCGGCGGCGGCGACGACGUCCACUGCCCCGCGCACGAGCUCUACCGCGACCUGCUGCUGCUCUGCACAAACGCCGUGGUCUUCUUCCCGCGCGGCAGCCCCGAGCACGCCGCGGCAGCCGAGGCCCGCACGCUCGUGACCGGGCACGCGUCGGCUCCGGCGAAGCAGGACCGCGCGGCUGUUCCGGCGCCGGCGCCGGCCCCGGCCCCGGCGGGCGCUGACAUCGUCGGGUCGCUGAUCGAGAAGGGGAAGCCGCUGAUCGUGUGCCGCAAGCGGAGCUCCAUCGCGAAGGCUGCGGCGGCCGCCAGGAAGGAGGAGAGCGCGGCGAAGGCCAAGCCCGAGCCCGAGCCCGAACCGGCGGCGGAAGAGGAGGAAGAAAGCGAGGACGAGAAGAAGGCCGCUGCCGCGGCCGUGGCGACCAAGGAUAAGGCGCGGGGUCCGAGGACGAAGAAGGGCCGUGGCGGCGCUGCCAGGAACCCGGCGGGCCUUGGGCGGAAUCGGGCGAAGGGGGCGGCGGACGACGAUGCAGCCACGACGGCGACAGACGGAGCAAAGAAGGGCGCUCGAGGCGCGGCCGCGGCGGCAGGAGGGUCAGGCAAGAAGCGGAACGCCGUGGACUUCCUGAAGCGGCUGAACCAGUCUCCGUCCAGGAAGCGGGGGUCGCCGCUGGGGACGACGCGGAAGCGGUCGGCGCCGGCUGCCGCCGCCGCGGCGGUGGAGCGGAAGAACACCACCACCCGGAGGAGAGGCGCUGGCCGCAAAGAAGGCACCGGCCGCGGUGGUUCCAGGAGGGGCGGCAGGGCUACCGGGACGAAGAGAGGCGUCGGGCGGCCGCUGAAACGAGGCUCGGCUCCGGCCACGCCGCCGGCGUCCAAGAGGGCCAAGACCAAGUAGCACAAAACUGACCCGACCGAAUUAAAAUGAUUUUUAUGUGGGCAUCGCACGACUCGGUCAUUCAUAUGCCAUGCCGCACUAACCGACCUAAUGCCACGUCAUCUCCUUUGCGUCCUCGAAGCAUUUUUCUCUCUGUUCCAUAGCUUGCUCUUUGUGUAUCUUGAUGAUUUGGGAGUUAGUAAAUUCUAAUUUGUGUUCAAGUAUUUUAUGUGGAUUUUUUUUUGAGAGGAUGUGGAUUUUCUUUUCUAAGCUUGUGUCACUGAGAUUCCUCUCCAAUAGCUGAUAGCUGGCCCGGCAAACACAUGCUCGGCCUUUUAUUUCC